UUCAGAAAACACAAUGAGGGGAAAUAAACAGGAAGAGUGAAGCAGACCCACAGUGAAGCGGGACAUUAAAUCCACAACCCGGGACAGCAGGACAGGCAGCUGCAAACGGGACAGUUGGGGGGUAUGUUAAAGAAGCUUAUUAUUUAUGAGGGAGGCGGGCAGGCAACCUUCAGAAUAAGUGCUGGAGCAAAACCCUCUUUUGAACAGGCAUAUUGUACACCAUCUCCUAAUUUUUAUCUCACCCAUCCGGCUGCGGUCACGCCUCUUUCCUGGGUCCUCAGCCGACAGCUCGUGACGUCAGGCGCAUAGUCUCUUCUCGCGAGACUUCGGAAAACACAGUGAGGCAAAAACCAGGAAGAGUGAAACUGAGCCACAGUGAAGCGGGACAUUAAGUCCACAACCCGGGACAGCAAGACAAGCAGCUGAAACGGGGCUGUUGGGUGAUUUCAUUGCCACUUCUGCCAGCUUCACCUGACAGAUUGUCUGAGAAUCCAUCAUGACUUCCACAAAACAGAAGACAUCAAGAAGCAAAGAUGAUGCCCCACAUGAACUAGAGAGCCAGUUCAUCUUGCGACUCCCACAGGAAUAUGCCUCAACAGUUAGGAGGGUGGUCCAGUCUGGGAGUAUAAAUACAAAAGACAGACUUUCUAUUGAGUUACAUCCUGACGGACGUCAUGGAAUUGUACGUGUUGACCGUGUCCCACUAGCUGCAAAACUAGUUGAUGUUCCCUGCACAGUGGAGUGUUUAAAGACUAUCGACAAAAAGACUUUCUACAAGACUGCUGACAUCUGUCAGAUGUUGGUAUGUACUCUUGAUGGAGACCUCUAUCCACCUCUUGAGGAGCCAACUGGGACUACUGACCCAAAAGCCAGCAAGAAGAAGGACAGGGACAGAGAGAAAAAAUUUAUUUGGAACCAUGGAAUCACGCCACCUCUGAAGAAUGUGCGAAAAAGACGCUUCAGGAAAACUGCAAAGAAGAAGUAUAUUGAAUCCCCAGACGUGGAGAAGGAGGUGAAACGGCUUUUGAGCACAGAUGCUGAGGCAGUUAGUGUGCGAUGGGAAGUGAUUGCUGAAGAUGAAUCAAAAGAAGUCGAGAAUCUGUCUGGGUUGGAUGGAUCCCCAGGGAUGUCUGGAAUCAAACAGGGCCGUGGUUCUUCAGCAGUGGAGAGGGAAGAAUUGCGUCAGAUAUUUAAUGAUAUUAGUAGUAGCAGUGAUGGAGAAGAGGGAGAACGCCAGGAAGAAGAAGAUCUUAAUAUCAUGGAGACUGAGGAGGAGCAGAGGGCAGGACAGGAUGGUCAAAAAGGAGGCACUAACCAGAUUGUUCUGGAGAUGCAGAAACAGUUGGAAAAUUUACAGAAGAAACUGAGGGAGACACAAGAACGAAGAAAGCGACAAGAAGAGCUUAUAAUGAAGGUUGAAAAUCUAGCAUUGAAGACUCGCUUGCAAGCUGUACUGGAUGAGUUUAGGCAGCAGGAGGAGAGAGAAAAGCAGCAGCUGACAUCACUACAGGAGCAGCUCGAGGCUCUGAUAGAGAAGUGAGAAGUUUUCAUGUGGUUUCCAUGGAAUUUGUAACUUGCCCACCAUGCUCUAGAUGUACAGCAUAGAGGGGGAUUCUGCCUUUUAAUAAGUCUGUCUAAAAUAUCAGUUUUUGUGCUGAAAAGUAUAUAUACACAGGACGAUUGUUGACUUCGGGCCAUUCGAAGGUAACUGCAUGAGGAUGUUACGCUGCAAUUGUGUGUGCUGUGACUAAAUGGUUGCUGUACAUUACAGAAAUAGGCCAGAUAAGCAUAAAAAUGUUACAUGUAUGAUUUCUUACUGUAAUGUUCAUGGGGCAAGCAUUAUGACCCCAGCAUUUACAGUUUAACUUAUUUAGAAUCUUGCCUGCUGUUCAUUUCCAGUACAAUAUUUCAGAUUCUGAACUCAGAUGCUCAAAUUAAGAGAACAGAGUGAGCCCAAAACACUGAUGAAUGGCUUGUUAACAGCAUUAGUGUUAAGAAGAAUAUUGACAGCUACAGAUGAACUCUAAAUGAUUUUUUAACACUUUUAAAUGUGUCACCCCACCUACUAUUCCAUCCAAAUAAAAUCUUUUGAUUGUUA